AUGAACAAUAGUUCAGAAGGAAAUAUUAAUGACGAAUUUAAAACGAUAGCUAGAGAAACGUUAGAUAGAAUAAUUGAAAUAAUCGAAAACGAAAGUAAUUUAGAAAUUGACGUAAACAAUACUGAUAGCGAAAUAGUUGACAACAUAGAAAUAAAUAAUUUAGACGAAGAAUUAGAUUUAUUUAAUGAAGAAAUACUUAAUGAACGUAUAGAAACUAAACCAAUAACCAGUGAUAUAUUAAAUAAAAGUUUACGAUUAAUAAACCUAGAAGAGUUUGAAUUCAUUUCCACGUUGAUGUAUAAAUCGACGUCAGUUGGGACGCAACAAUAG